GAGCCCUAUUCUCAAUUUUCCCACGUGCUGCAGAAACAGGAACAGACACAGACAUUCAAACAGAGACGGAGGGGGAGUAUGGGCUCCUUUCGGAGGGGAGUGAGUUCGAAUGGGACGGUGACAUCGACGACAGUGAAAGUUCAGCUAAACCAAAAUAUCUGAUCAAAGAUCGGGGUCUCCUGAUGCCGAAGCCCCAGAAAUUGUCACAGGAGGCUAAGUUUCGAGGACGGCGGCGGAAGACUAAAGUCUCUACAACUCAGCUAGAUGAAUUUCUGAGCGAUGCGGAAGCCAAGAAAUACGACUAUUAUCAUCAGCAAUCAAACGAUCUUUCUACUGCG